GACAACUUGAAUCAUUUACUCUUGAAGAUUAUUCGCAGUGGUUACAAUUAGCGAAGUUGAAAAAAAACUAAAUAAAAAUGCGUGUUGCUAUUGUUGGUGCUGGUGCUGCCGGUUUGGCUUCUGCAAGGCAUGUGAGUGCCCAAGGGAUCGACUGUGAUGUUCUGGAGAUGGGCUCCGAGUUGGGGGGCACUUGGGUCUACACUGAUAAUGUUGGAUCAGAUCAAUAUGGAUUUCCUGUUUAUUCCGCCAUGUAUAAGGGUCUGAGAACUAAUUUACCCAAAGAGGUGAUGGGUUAUCCCGAUUUUCCCAUUCCGGAGCAAAAUAAAUCCUACUUAACCCAAGCUGAAAUAUUGGACUUUUUAAAUCUCUAUGCCGACCACUUUCACAUACGGCAGCACAUUAGGUUUAACCGAAUGGUUGUGGAAAUUCGCCCAAUGGGUGACAAGUGGCAAAUCAAAUCAAUCCACAAACCGACCAAGGAAGAAAUCGUCGACAUUUACGACGCUGUAAUGAUUUGCAAUGGCCACUAUAACGACCCUAUCAUCCCGAAAAUUCCCGGUCAAGAGAAAUUCAAGGGUGAAAUCGCCCACAGCCACCAAUACCGGUCGCCCGAACGAUUUAAAAAUCAAAACGUUCUUGUAAUAGGUGCCGGUCCCUCGGGCUUGGACUUAGCUCUCCACAUCUCGUCAGUGGCUAAAAAAGUCGUUCUCAGCCACCACACGAAAGAAGCUGUCAACACCGAAUACCCAGCCAAUGUCAGCAAAAAACCCGAUGUUUCAUUCAUCAAAGGUGAAGAGGAAGUUGAGUUUGUCGACGGUUCUUGUUGUCGUUUCGACACGAUAAUCUACUGCACCGGUUACAGAUAUAGUUUCCCGUUUCUGCACGAAUCGUGCGGAGUAACCGUCGACAACAAUCACAUUCAGCCCCUCUACAAACAUAUGAUACACAUAGAAAAACCCACCAUGUGCUUCAUCGGAAUUCCAUUCAAUGUCUGUGCUUUCCAAAUGUUCGAUCUUCAGGCUAGAUUCUUUUGCCAAUACCUCAAUGGUUCGAUGUCGUUACCUUCACGUGAGAUGAUGCGAAUGGACACUGAAAAAGAUAUGCAGAACCGAUGGGCGAAGGGAUACACCAAGAGACAAGCUCAUCUCAUGGGACCCGACCAGCAAGGCUAUUACGAGGAUUUGGCAGCGGCGGCAAACACCACGCCUAUUGCUCCUGUUAUUGUUAAACUGAGAGAUGAAAGUGUCAAGAGGUUAUACGAUGAUCUUCAAAACUUCCGAGAAGAUAGGUACAAGAUUGUUAACAAUGAAUCUUUUGUUAAGGUCCAUUAGAUUAGAUUUUUCACGGGUACUCAAGUGGUGCUACUUAUCAAAAUAUUCAUUUUAUUUCCUAUAUAACAUGAACCAUGUCGUAUAGUUUUCUACAUCUACUAUUUUUAGGAUAAUGUAUUAAAUAUUUUAGUAGCGUUGUAUUUAUAUCUAUGGAUAUAGUACUCGUAAUUCGUAUUUUAGUAUCUUACAAAACAUUUAGUCCGCAUAAUUUAUUCUUGUAAAUAUGUAGAUUAGCGUAUAUAAUAAAGUUCCAAUAUAAAAAGUG